ACAGAUAGUCCAAUCCACACUUGCAGAUUGACCUCUUUUGAAAGUGUUUUUGGCCUAAAAACACAUGCACAAUGUCAACAAACGGCAAGACCUCGAGAAUAUUACAGUUCAUAGCCCCAGAUGAGCGCCGUCAGUUUGGAAUCGAGACUCCAUUCCAGCGUCUGGCUUGGCAAAUGCAAGACAUAUUAGGGGAUGGAGGAAUUCUCAAAGAGGUCGUCCAUGCAGGAGAAGGUCCACCCCUACCCAAGCAUGCCUCUGUAUCAAUUCAUUUCUCUGGUUUCAUUGAGUACUCUGAUGCACCAUUUGAGACAACCAGCCUCCUUAAAUUUCCACGAAUGAUGAAGCUUGGUAGAGAUGUUACUUUGUAUGGCCUAGAGCUUGGUCUUCUUACUAUGAAGAAAGGCGAGUUUUCCCGUUUUCUUUUCAAGCCCAAAUAUGCCUACGGGGACCUUGGAUGCCCCCCGCACAUACCUCCAUUAGCCACAGUCCUCUAUGAGGUGCAAGUCCUUGAUUUCCUGGACUCGGCACAAGUGGAUGAAUUCAUGGAUUUGAGUAUGGAAGAGCAGAACAAUGUUCCUCUGUCCACAUUUCUGAAUGUACUGGACACACAGCGGAGCUUUGGCAACCUCUGCUUCAAUAAGAAGCGCUAUGAAGAUGCUCGAGAGCGAUACAAACAGGCCAUGACACUUUUGCAGAAUCGUGAGCCGGUGGAUGAAGAAGAGAAGAAGUGUCUUGAAGAAAUGAAAUUGCCUUUCCUGCUCAACCUCUCACUCACGUAUCUCAAACUGGAGAAACCCCAGAAGGCCCUUUGCUACGGUCAGAAAGUGCUGGACAUCAGCCCUCAGAACACUAAAGCGCUCUUCCGCUGCGGCCAGGCCUGUUUGGAGAUGAAUGACUAUGAGAAAGCACAAGAUUACCUUACACUCGCUCAGGUGAACAAGCCAUUCGACCCUGACAUCAACACCUUGCUGAGAAAGCUUGCUCUCUGCUACAAGGACUAUUUGGACAAAGAGAGAGAGAUGUGCUCCAAGAUGUUCUCGGGUUUUAAAGGAAUGGAAAAGUAAAGCUUGUCGUGUCCAUGGUGGCGCUUUUACCAUUUUUCAAACCCUCCAGAUUGACCACAAGUGGGCAGUAUAAACCCAACAAAUUGUAUUUUUGGUUUGAGUGGCCAACAUUGCCUCAAAUGUUGUCAUACUUUUAAUUGCUUAUCGUUUACUUUUAUUUUGCAUUAUUUUGUGUUUGCCAACACAAUAUAUAAUUAUUUUUUGCCACAGCUUUCAGCAUUAUGUUCUCUAUGUAAGAUAAGCUUUAUUAUAGCAGACAGUCAAGAUUUUGCAGUGUUGUGUUCAGUACACUAUAUGGAGCAUCAGGAUGUCUCCCAAGCAUGUGGCUGGAGUUUCAGAAGUUAUAUAGACUUGUUAAUUUGUUGAAUUAUUUCUCAUGCCCUUUUUUUGUAUG